AGAGCUCCUGUGGGCCAGGCCCCUGCCCAGUCUUCUGACCACUUGACUUCUCAAUAAGGUGAUAGCCGAGGUCCCUGACCCUCAUGGAGUGAGCUGAUUUGGUGGCUCCCGUGUACAUCACCUGUGGAAAGACAGCUGCUGCUUGACUGAUGGCUCAUGGUUGCAAUCAAUGUGAAACAGGACUGCAGAGUCCCUUCCACCCUGAGGGGUGGAGACUGUGCCAUCCUUCUGGCCUCACCACCCUCCCUGAAGUGGUUAGCAUCUAGGAUAGGAGUGUCCAACACCUCUCACCAUCAGCCCCCUGGGAUUGCAGCCAUUGAUGUCUCCCAGGGAGGUCUAGUUUCCAGGGACCUGACCUGCCUUCAUGAAGAAAAGGCAUGGGCAGUUAGGGUGGCGGCUGGCUGUCUGGACUCAGUGACCUUUGAUGACAUGGCUGUGGGCUUUACCCAGGAGGAAUGGGACAUACUGGACUCGGCUCAGAGAGAUCUGUACAGAGAGGUAAUGCUGGAGAUCUACAAGAACCUGGCCUCAGUAGGUAAGGCUACCAUCACUCCUCUGGCCUCCUGGAAUGGUGCGUGUUAUGGACUUGAGAACAGAGGCAAGUCACUGCACUGAUGGGCUUUAAUCUAGCAGGGUGAUCUUCACAGCAUGGUCCCAGGGUCAAGAGCAUCACUGCCACUCUGUUAGAAAUGUGCAGUUCCAGACUCCCACCUCUCCCACUCCCCACACACACACUGAGUGGAAGCAGGAUCUGGCCAGCUUGUCCUCUGAGCCAUUCAGAUGAUCUGACUCACUCCAUAGUUGAAAACCACCGGAUAGUGGUUUUCCAAGUGAAUGAAGAUGCCCCAGUUUUGUACUUACCUUGAAUAAAAGUCUUAUAGGAUUUUUGUUUUGUUUUGUGUUUGAGACAAGUUCUUACUCUGUCACUCCUAGCUGGAGUGCUGUGGCCUCAUCACAGCUCCCUACAAUCUCAAACUCAUGAGCUCAAUUCUCCUGCCUAAGCCUCCCAAGUAGCUGGGACUACAGGCGCCUGCCACACACCCACCUAUUUUUAGAGACAGGAUCCCUCUUGUUCAGGCUGAUCUUAAGCAAUCCACCCACCUCGGCCUCCAGCAGAGUGCUGGGAUUAAUCCUACUGUUUUUUAACACACUGACUACAACACACACAAAAAAGAAAAUUUGUCCUUGAGGCUAUGGUGAGGCUAUAGAACAAAAACAUAGAAAACAAAACAAUCCUAAAACAUAGAGACAUAAAAAAGUAAUAUAAAAACUUGAAAAUUAGUAAUGUGAGAAGUUACGUGAAAACGUGAAGAGUAGUUCCUGACUCUAAUGGCUGUUGAUGUGUUAAAUAUGCCCUUGGCUGUGAUGUGGGUGUCAGGGUCAGUGAUAACCAGUUUCUUUGGGGCACAAAAAACUGGGAGCUUGAGCUGUGCUGGCCAGCGGGAGGCUCAGCGUGUUUCGGAGCAUGACAGGGAAACGCUUUGAGAUGCACCACAUCACACACCUGCGGCCCUUGGACUUGGGAGUUUUAGGACAUCUCCAGCUUCCCAAAUUUCCUUUCCGCUGAUGCAGACUUUCCCUUGAUCUCAUAGAUGAGCUCCUCUUUUGUUUCUGAGUUUAUUAAGGCCUUCCUACCUUCCUUACUUGAUAAUACUGUUUCUGCUUACUUCUACAUUUAAUUUUCAUAGAAUGAACUGUCAAAAAGUUAUUGAACUUGGGUCGGGCAUGAUGGCUCACACUUGUAAUCCCAACACUGUGGGAGGCUGACGUGAGAGGAUUUCUUGAGCUCAGGAGUUUGAGACCAGCCUGAGCAAAGGGGAGACCCGGUCUCUACCAAAAAUAGAAAAAUUAGCUGGGUGUUGUGGUGGACACCUGUAGUCCCAGCUACUCAAGAAGGUGAGGCAGGAGGAUCACUUGAGCCCAGGAGUUUGAGGUUGCUGUGAGCUGUGAUGCCAUAGCAUUCUACCCUAGGGGAACAGAGAGAGACUCUGUCUCAAACAAAAAAGGCUUGGUGCCCAUAGCUUGGUGGUUAGGGCACCAGCCACAUACACUGGGAUUGGUGGGUUCGAACCCAGCCCUGGCCUGCUGAACAACAAUGACAACUGCAACAAGAAAAUAGCUGGGCGUUGUGGCGGGCGCCUGUAGUCCCAGCUACUUGGGAGGCUGAGGCAAGAGAAUCACUUAAGCCCAAGAGUUUGAGAUUGCUGUGACCUGGGAUGCCAUGGCACUCUACCAAGGGCGACGUAGUGAGACUUUUUUGGUGUUGUGGUAGGCGCCUGUAGUCCUAGCUACUUGGGAGGCUGAGGCAGGAGAACCACUUAAGCCCAAGAGUUUGAAGUUGCUGUGAGCUGUGAUGCCCUGGCAUUCUACUGGGGGUUAUAUAGUGAGACAUUGUCUCAAAAAAAAAAAAAAUUUCUAAACUUGACUAAACUUUGGCAAGCAAAGUUUGUGAUUGCCAAAUUUUAGACAUAGCUGAACCGCUCAAGUUAAUCUUUGUUUUAUUUUUCUAAUGUGUUUAAGGUGAAAACUAGAGCAAAUAUGUGUUACCAUUUUUAACUUAUUUGACCUACCCUUUUUUUCUGUAACCCCAUAUUUUUUUUUCUGUUUUACUUCAGAAUGGCAACUUAAAACCAGUGGGUCAGCACUUUUGCAGACCAUUAUUUGUUCAAAAGCAUCCAAUGGGAUUAAGAUGGUAAGACAAACAAGACAGUUUUAUUUGCCACAUUCAGAAAAGAAUGUCGAAUCCAUUAUGGGACUUGCAGAGACCUGCAGCACUGGUCCAAAGCCAGGACAUCUCCAGAGGCUGCUCUGGUUGGAAGUGCGUCCAGUCUGGCCCUUCAGAGUUCCCUGGAGCGUUCAUUGCCACAUGUGUAACUGACUAGCUGGACAUUCUGAUCAAUUCUGUGGAAGUCUGUAGGAAUCCCUUGGGAUUAGAGGAGGUGACACAGGUUCUUAGGUUCUUUCAGCUUAAAAGCAUCUACACGGCAAAAACUCUUCAGUGGGUGAAAUCUGUAAGUCAGUUUUAGAAAUCCUUUAAUCUUUGUUUAUUCCUCACCAACAGGGAGGAAGCCGUGGUGGAAGGGGGCCCUGUGACUGUGAGCCGUGCAGAGGUACUUGUGGCGAGGGGGCGUGCCUCUCCACAUGCGUUCGAACUCAAGACACAGGGGACAUGUGUUUCUCUGAUCAACGUGGGAAAUGUUUCAUUCCCCACAAGAAAACCUCUACCAGAGAGGAACUCUCUAUGUUGACUCCGCGUGGAAACGCCUUUAGCUUGAGUCCAGAGGGUGCCUGUCACAGAAGGAGUGAGGGACAUAGCGGGGAGGCAGCUGGGCCUCAGCCCUGCCCUCGGGCACACUCAGGAAGCUCUCUGGAGAGGAAC